CCGCCCCGUUAGCUCCGGCUGGGAGGGGUGAGAGCGGCUCGGUCCGAGCUGGAGGGAGUCCCCGUGUGGAGAGGACUGAUGAAGUUCAGGACGCAACACUAAGUGGAUGUUUUGAGGCAAAUUCCUCCGCGAUUGGAAACUUGUAUACGGGCGAGGACAAAGUAUGGACUUUGACUUCAUGUCGAAGAUCAUCCAGUUUUUGGCAAUCACAUAUUUUGCUGGAGCGCAUCGUUACGCAGGAGAGACAUACCGUCCAAGUUUCCUAAUGGCAAAUCUCGCCACACCAGUGAUGUAGAUGAGACCAGAAACUCCAACAGUUUGAUUGGCAGGUCCUUCAGGAAGCUCUAAGAUGCCAAUUGUGACCCUGCCUGGGUGAGCAGCCUCGCCACCUUCUGCUGUCCAGUGCUGUGGCGCCCUCUGCUGUGUGACCAAGGAAGGCCAGAAGGGGCAAGCAGUAUGGGGAACACACUGGAGGAGGAGAUGAACCCUGUCAUCGUCAACCACUACAACCACUCAGGGAAGUGGGACCGGCCUCGCAGCAACGGGGCCUGUAAGAUGGCCGUGCUGCUCUUCAUCUGCGUGCUGAUUGUUCUGGAGAACGUUACAGUCCUGCUCGCUCUCUGGAGGAACAAGCGCUUCCACAGCCGUAUGUACUUUCUUAUUGGAAACCUGGCGCUGUCAGACCUGCUGGCUGGUGUGGCCUACGUGGUCAACAUCUUUACCUCAGGAGACAGGACCUACUUCCUGACACCAGUGCAAUGGCUGGCCAGAGAAGGGAGCAUGUUUGUGGCCCUCAGUGCAUCCACGUUCAGCCUCCUGGCCAUUGGGAUUGAGAGGCACAUGACUAUGGUGCGUUUGCGUCCGUGUGAGACAGCAGGUCGAGGGAGACUUCUAGGACUGCUGGCAGCCUGCUGGCUUGUGUCAGUGCUGCUCAGUGCCCUGCCCAGCCUGGGCUGGAACUGCCUGGACAAUAUGGCCUCCUGCUCCACAGUGCUGCCGCUGUACGCUAAGAGUUAUGUGGCCUUCUGCAUCAGUGUGUUCAGCGCCCUGUUGAUGGCCAUUAUCAUCCUCUACAUCAGGAUCUACCGCCUGGUGACCUCUAGCGGCCGCAGGGUGGGCAGCCGGCCUUCAGAGCGCUCACUGGCUCUGCUGAGGACAGUGGUUAUUGUUCUUGGAGUGUUUGUCAUGUGCUGGACCCCCCUGUUCCUCCUGCUGCUGCUGGAUGUUGGUUGCAGCCCAGAUAAGUGCCCAGUCCUCUACCAGGUGGAUUGGUUUAUAGCACUGGCUGUGCUUAAUUCUGCCCUCAACCCUCUGAUAUACACUCUGUCCAGCAGGGAGAUGAGGGCGGCUUUCUUCAGGCUGCUGUGCUGCUGUCAGACCAGCAACGACAACACUGGGACUCCUGUGGUGGGCAACCCCCACCUGGGCACAGUCAUCCCCACAGCGGAGAACAGCAAAACCAGUGGAGGAGUGGGUAGUGGGGCUGGCAAGUCCACACUGAACAGAGGCAAGGUUCCCACACAUAUGAACUCUGACAACAAGCAUGUAGAUCCCUCAGCCACUGCUGUGCCCCAUCCCUCUGGACCUGCAGACCUGCUCUCAGCUGUGCUAGUGAAGGCGGGGGCGCUGCCGCCCCUCGGCAAGUUUUGAACUGAAGCACCUUAAAGAGGCCUUACAGUGACACAAAAGUAAACAUAGAACUGACACAGUCUCGCUAUCAGCCACUUUUUGUUUAUGCACUGUGGAUAGGAUGAAAUAAUGUUGGAACAACAUUAAUGCAGAUUAAAGUAUAAUCAGAGUCCUUUAAAGCCACUAUUUACAACAACUCAGUAUUAUUACAACACCAGAGUAAAUGAUAUGUUGUGUUUGUCUUACACUAUGAUAAAUGUUCAAUGUUUCACAUUUCAAAACUAUGAUA